AUGCGUUUCACCAUUGCUACCGUUGCCUUCUUCGCCGGCCUGGCUGCCGCUAUGCCCAACGGCGCUGACACCACCGUCUACGAGACUGAUGAGGUCACCAUCACCUCCUGCGGACCUACCGUCACCAACUGCCCUGCCAACUCUGGUGUCCCCACCUCCGCCCCUGCUGUUGUGACCUCCGUCCCCCAGGGUGCUGGCGCUGGCUCCUCGCCCGCUCCUUCCAGCGGUGCCCCGGCUCCUUCUGCCCCCGCUGCCUCUGGCCCUGCUCCCUCGGCCGCUCCCAGCUGGACCACUUCCGUCCCCGCUGUUGCCCCCGUUCCCUCCGUUCCCGCUGGUAACGGUGGCGCCGGUGCCUCCUCCAUGUCCUACAGCGUGGUUGCCCACACCACCUGUGUUCCCACUGUCAUCUACUCCACCGUCCCCAUCCCCAUGGGUACCUCCCCUGUGACCGCUGGCUCCGGUGGCUCCGCUCCCCACGCCCCCUCCGCCACGGCGCUGCUGCCUCCGGCUCUGCCGCUGCCUCCCCCCUCCGCCACCCCCGCCUACAGCGGUGCUGGUGCCGUCUCCGGCUCCAUCGGCUUCGCCGGUCUUGCUGCCGUUGCCGCCUUCGUCCUGGCUUAA